AUGGAUCCAAUUAACAAAUUCGUGGAGGAAAACUCCAAGCAUCUAUACUCAGGAGCCAUUGUAAAGAAGAGUCACCUUGGUGGAUUCGGCAUUUUUGCAACCACGCCGAUCAAUGAUGGAGAGAUUGUUCUUCGAGUUCCCCAAGACCGAGUCUUCGACAUUCAUACACUUCAACAAUUGCGCAAUGUAUUUGUGGAAGCAGAUACACUGGGAACUGUGAAGGAGGUGCUUCGGAUUAUUCUUCAAUUAGAUUUCGAGAUACUGGAGACAGUGAUUAUCUGGUGUUACUUGUGUGCCUUCGUCAUUAUAAGAAACGACACGAAUGUUCAAUUGAGUAAUGUUGAGUGGAUUGACUCUUAUUUAGAUGUUUUACUUAGUACUGAAACCCUCGACAUUGAUGAAUCGGUGCUGGAUUCGCUGGAUGCUCUCGUUCUUGAAGUAAAGAAUCUCAAAGCCAGUGUCCGCAAAUCGUAUGACGAAUUGGUAGGCAAGUACCCAGAUACAACGAAAUUGCUCCGAUUUGAAGAGGCAUUUCAACUCUUUCAGGCGGUCAGAUCGAGAGUGUUGGAAAUUCCCUGCGAAAUUGAGGCAAAGAACAACGAACCAGAGGUCAAGCAGAGUGAAGAUUCCGAUACCACACAUUCCGCAGACAACAUAGACGACUUCCAAACCAACAUAUCAUUGGUUCCUGUUUUGGAUUUUGCGAAUCAUUCUUUUGAAAACAAUGCAGUUUUUGAUGUCGAUAGGGCCACUAAAGAUGUCCUACUUCGUGUCAUCAAGCCCGUGAAAGAGGGUGAUGAAAUUACAAUAUGUUACAGCCCGAUAACUGAAGAUAUGUCACCACGUUUCAUGAAUCUGUUCUUCACUUCCUAUGGAUUCCUUCCAAAUAGGGGCUACUUCUCAUGGCACAUGGAGCACCUCAAUACUGUCAUGAACAAAAAGAAUCAAUCCGAAUUUAUUAACUACCAAAAGAUUGCUCAAUGGCUUCGUGUUCCUUUAGAACUCAAUCUUGAGGUACAUAGAAACGGAAACGUGACAGCCAAUCUGGGUGACUCAAUAUUUCCACUUCUCUUCAUUCCUGACCUCAAAUAUAACGCCGAUUGGCGCCUUUGCAAAGACAAAAUAUUUGAGGAGCUCAGUUCAAAAGCGGAAGGAUCAGCCGAUGAAUUCGUAAUGUGGCUCGAGGAACAAGAAUCUACUGGCGAGCCUAUCUACGGGAUUGAUGUGGCCUACGGGGUACUUUUUGAAGGUGAGCCAGUAGUGGUAGACAAUAUCUUGAGCCAAACCGGCUGUCUGUCUGACGAGGCAAUUGAUGCCCUAGAGCUGUUAGCAAUGAGAAUGAUACUGGAAAUUGUCGGCGUUACAAUCCAAUCUGUUCCAAAAGUUCUGUCUCGCAUGCUCCAGCAGUACUUUCACGAUAAGAAUGAUAUUUUGAAACGUUUUUUAAGCUAG